CUUCCCCGGACGGAACUCAAGAGAAGCUCGUCCACCUCGCCCAUUAUUAAUCCCUACACUCCACCCUCGUUUGAAGCUCUCCACGUCCCGCCUCACCGACCUCCGUCCCCGGAACACGCGCGGCAGUACAGCCUACACAGUACCCGCUACAGAUUCGCGUUGUGCGAGCAGACUGCGGCAAGCCUGCGGCGAACUCAAUAUGGCCGACCAGGAGCCUCCAGAGGAGCUGCCGCAGGAGCAACCCCAAGAGCAGCCCCAGCCUGAUGCCCAGUCGGAUGCUGAUAAGAUCCGCGCCAAACGUCUGGCAAAACUAGGCGGCAGCGGUGGAAGUGGCAGCGGUCCAUCGUCCACGGCCACACCACCACCAGCACCCUCCACCAAGGAUACAUCAACUCCAGUAGAAGAAGCCUCGGUUUCCUUGACGCCGCCUCCCGCCGCUGCGCCCGCUCAGCCUCCGCCUGCGGCCGCCUCGACGCAGAAUCCAUUCUCGCAGCUCGGUCUCUCGGAGAAUAAGCCGUCACCGAAGAUCAAUAUCCGGCCGCGAACUCCCUCCGCCACGCCUAGGAGUGCAACGCCAAAGGGUCAGGAAUUCAAUAUCGAAGUUUGGACGGAUCAGACCCUCAGGAGCAUAUUCCGGGUAACGCUUGAUGGGAAUAACACUCGCGAUGCAUACGGACAUAAGCUGUACUUCGCGGAAAGCGUGAAGCGUGAUUUGGAAGAAGAGAAUAAACAAUUGCGUCUUACUACUGAGAUCCUGGAUCAGGCGAUAUUAGAGGCAGCCUCAAGUAGGAAGUUGGGGAAGCCCCUGGAAUACUUGCUCGCGUGCUGGAAGCGCGUUUCGGGACUCUUCCGAGGUCUGCAUAAUAAGGAAGAUGCCAGAUAUGCCGUCAUUCGGGAAGCGAGGCGGCUGUGCUUCAAUUACUGCAUAUUCGCCGCUACCAUUCCGGAUAUGUUUGGCGAGGAGGACGUUGCAGCUGCCCCGAUUCCUCUGGCUGAGUACCUCCUGGCCGACCCCAACAGCGAUCGCGGACUUUGCCAGGACUUCCUCAAUGAAGCCGUAUCUCGGUUUUCAGAUCCCGAGAAUGGAGAUGACGUCAAGGCGGCGUUGGUAAGCGCUAUAGAGCAGCUGAGCCGUCAGCUCGCGAUGAUCACCAUGAACGACGACUACAAGCCCUAUGUCCUUGCCAUGCGGAACUUCGCGCGGUAUCCAGCCUUGCUGAACGCCAUGAUCGAAUCGCCAAUGUUUCUUCCGCCGGUACAGGCUCAGCAUAUUGAGACUAUGACUCUCCUCGGACCCUUUUUCCGCUUGUCGCCGAUGCAAGUGGAGGUUGCUCAAAACUAUUUCUCUAGUCCUGGGACACGCGAUCCCGGAUACAUCGCGAACUCGCAGAAGGCCCUGCGUAUGAGUCUCCAGACUCACCAGGAUGAGCUCUUUGAUAUAGCUAAUUGCUUCGUCAAACUGUCCAAGGAUUCACGGGAGAAGAUCCUCGAUUGGUUCGCGCUUACGGUCAAUCUGAAUCACAAGAAGAGGGCUAUCCAGGUUGAUCCGAAGACGGUAUCCUCCGACGGGUUUAUGGUGAACGUGUCGGUUACACUCGACCGGCUAUGUGAGCCGUUCAUGGAUGCUACCUUCUCCAAGAUCGACCGAAUCGACAUUAAUUAUUUCCACCGCAAACCUCGCGUGACGAUCGAUGAUGAAACCAAGAUCAACGCAGACCAAAGGGCUUCAGAUGAAUUCUACGAGAAAUCGGUUGAAGGCACUAAUAACUUCAUCACGGAGGUGUUUUUCCUUACGGUGGCUGCUCAUCAUUACGGCUUGGAGGCUGCGAACUCGAACAUCAUCAACCUGGGCAAGUCUUUGAAGUGGCAGCGGAAACAGUUGGAACAAUUCGAAACAGAGCGCCACAAGUACAUGAGUAAUCCUGCGCAGCUAACCCUUUUCGACAACGCACUCAAGAAAAUGAAAGACCGAAUCGACAGGAUCCAGUCUACCAUCAUGGCAACAGAAGGCGUAUUGCUGGAUGAGCUUACACAGGCGCGUUCCAUGCAGUUCAUGCGCUAUGUUAUAGUAUGGCUGCUCAGGCUUGUCUCUGGCGGGACUUACCCGCAAAAGAAGCUCGAACUGCCCCUACCAAAAGAACAGCCACUAACGUUUCAGUGCUUACCGGAGUAUUUCCUGGAAGACAUUGUCGACAACUUCAAGUUCAUCACCCGGCGGAUGCCGCAUAUCAUCACUUCCACACAGAGCGAAGAGCUGGUCCAGAUAUGCAUCACUUUCCUGCGCAGCACCGAAUAUAUCAAGAACCCUUACCUGAAAUCUGGGCUUGUCACCAUCCUUUGCCAUGGAGUAUUCCCUAUUGCUCAUCGAUCAAAGGGCAUUCUCGGCGAUGUCCUGUUUGCGCAUGAAUUCGCAACGAAGCAUCUGCUGCAUGCUUUGAUGAAGUUCUACAUAGAAUGCGAGACUACGGGUGCCCAUACCCAGUUCUUCGACAAGUUCAACAUACGGUGGGAAAUUUUCCAAGUCAUUAAGUGCGUCUGGCCGAACCCGGUUUAUAGAGGCAACUUGGCUACUGAGGCUCGGGUGAACCUAAACUUCUUCGUUCAAUUCGUCAAUAUGCUGCUUAACGAUGUGACAUUUGUUCUAGACGAGUCAUUCACGGCCUUCACCCAGAUCCAUGACUUAUCGAAGCUGCUCAAGAAUCCGCCAUCGGACAUGACUACAGAGGCACGACAAGAGCACGAAGAGAAACUAUCAGCAGCCCAGGAUAGGGCGAAGAGUUACAUGCAACUGACCAACGAAACGGUGGCAAUGUUGAAACUAUUUACCGAAGCCCUCAGCGACUCUUUCACCAAGGCGGAAGUCGUCGUGCGGUUAGCGCACAUGCUUGACUACAAUCUGGAUGCGUUGGUCGGUCCCAAGCGAAAGCAACUCGCGGUGGAGAAUCCCGAAACAUACAAUUUCAACCCAAAGCAGAUGCUCGCGGAAAUUACCGACGUCUUCCUCAAUCUCAAAGAGAAGGACUCCUUCAUCCAAGCAGUUGCCACGGAUGGUCGGUCAUACAAGCCGGAAAACUUCACCACAGCAAUGAGUAUCAUGCGCAAAUACGUGCUCAAAUCUCCCGAACAGCUGCGUGACUGGGAAGACCUAGGCAAACGCAUCGAAGCCGCCAAGGAAGCGGCGGAAAUGGAAGAAGCGGACUUAGGAGAGCUGCCAGAUGAGUUCACGGAUCCCCUGCUGGCGACCCUGAUGGAAGACCCCGUGCAGUUGCCUGCGAGUAGGGCGAUCCUGGAUAGAAGUACGAUUCAGAGUCACUUGCUUAGUGAUGCACAUGAUCCGUUUAAUCGCAUGCCGUUGAAGAUUGAGGAUGUGAUUCCCCUUCCGGAAUUGAGGGCGAGGAUCCAAGAGUGGAAGGCACAGAGACUGGCUGAGAAGGUGGCGGAAAGGAGGGCUAGGGAGGAGGCCACUGCUGGGGGUGGCGGAGAGCCGAUGGAUACGACUUAGAAAGGCGAAUGUGUGACUCUUGCUUUUGCUAGGGAUAGACAGUAGACACGGUGGUUGGAACGGCGUUGCAUAACCAUGACUCGGCGUUUCUUUGGGGGGUUGUGCUGUUCGCUUUACCUGGACUUGAAUGACGGAGGCAUGGGGUGUGGACUUCCUCUGAUUUUUUUUUUCGAUACAUAUAUAGACAUGGUGGAAGUUGGCGAGUAUGGAGCAGCGGGUAUGUACAUCGACAUUAAGGCUCAGACAUGGUCACGAGACGUUUGAGCUGCAUGGAGUGUACUUCGUUCCAGAUGCACUGUAUAGACAUGCCUGCCGCAUCAUCGUUGCUUAGUAGGACAGGCUUGAUUGCUUCUCUCCUGGCCUUUGAGUAAUAAAUAGAUGGUUUGCAUGCCAUUUAAGGGCAUUGAUACCGCAAGGAGAAUGCUACAUAUAGUGUCUG